GCCUGUCCCUUCCACUGCCACCUUUCACUCGACUACCUUUAAGGUCAACGUCUUUUUAAGAAGUUCUUACUGGAAAAAUCUUACGAAGAAUGAUAGCUCAGUCGAGCGUUUGGAACGAUGGAAAAGAACCACUAACGAAAUUCACCGCGAAGCGGGCGAGCUCGACGGAAACACAUACCCAUAAUGCAUCAUUGAGCAACAUGGCGGAGAUGAUUGAAAGUGAAUCAGCUGAGACAUUAUUAUCUAUAAAAAAUGGAGGAUAUCCAUCAAUCGAUGAAAUUAAAACUGAAGUGAUCGAUGAUGAUACAAUGGAUAUGGAUGAUCAACAAAUUUCAAAUAAUUCAACAGAUUCACAUAUGGACACAGAAGAAUCUGAUCCAAUUCCUGAACUUGGCCCUGCAGCUUUAGGUUUACAAAGAGUAGGUACUCAACCUCCUCCAAAACCAAAUCCCCCUAGUCAACCAGUUCAAGUUUUAAAUCGAAGAGGGAUGCCAGCAAGAAUUAGAAAAAAAAAUAAAUUAUUUUAUGAUGAUAUAUUGGUUAAUCAUCCUCAUCACAGGAUCAAAAAGGAUCCGUCACAUCCAGAUGCAAAACAUUCUCCUAAAAAAGUAUCUAGACCUUCUCCUGCAAAAAAACAAACUAAAAUAACUAAUGAACCAAGAAAAAAUAAUAAUAUAUUAAGUCAGCCUAUAUCAUCUACAAUGACCCCAAUUAAACAAGAGAAAGAACCUGAUAAACCAAUGCAACCUUCAUCUCCGGAUCGUAAAAUUGGACAAAAGAUUGGUAUGAGAUUAAGAAAUUUAUUGAAAUUACCAAAAGCUCACAAAUGGGUUUGUUACGAGUGGUUUUAUAGUAACAUUGAUAAGACUCUUUUCGAAGGUGACAAUGAUUUUAUGAUUUGUUUAAAAGAAUCGUUUCCACAAUUAAAAACUCGGAAAUUAACACGUGUUGAAUGGUGCAAGAUAAGAAGAAUGAUGGGUAAACCACGAAGAUGUUCACAGUCGUUUUUUGAGGAAGAAAGACGAGAAUUAGAAAGAAAAAGACAAAAAAUUCGAAUGUUACAACAAAGAAAAGCUGCAGAUAUUAAUAGUUUUAAAGAUUUACCACCAGAAAUACCAUUACAGUUAGUAAUUGGAACCAAAGUUACAGCAAGACUGAGAAAACCACAAGAUGGUUUAUUCACUGGAAGUAUUGAUGCUGUGGAUACUAGUAAUAAUACUUACCGAAUUACGUUUGAACGUGCUGGGCUUGGAACGCAUAGUGUUCCAGAUUAUGAAGUAUUGUCAAAUGAACCACCAGAAACAAUAAGUGUUGCUUCAUUUGCACAAAAAUUUAGACCGCGACAUGUACAAUAUGUACCAUCUCCACCAUAUGCUAUGAAAUUAAUGUCACCACGUUUAAACAGUGAUCCUUUAAUAUCAAAUGCUUCUGUAUCAUUGCCAAAGAAACCUCAUAUUGGUGGAACAAUGAAUGGUUAUCCUUUAAAAUUAUUGGAAUUUAUGGUUAAAGUUAAUAAAAUAUUAGCUGCUAAAAAAGUUAAAAUAAAGAAGUUAAAAGAAAUGAAUAGUGAAGCAGAAAAAAGACGAUCUUUUGGAGAACCUCUUCCACCAGAUUUCGAAAGAAGAUAUGCAGGUAUUGUGGUUGAAUUGGAAAAAAUGAAUACUGCUUUGCAAGAUUUUCUUAAUGAUAUUCAAGAACUUUGUCAAGAAAUGGCACCUGAACCUAGUGUAGCAGCCAUGUUAGCUCCUUCUCAUCUUCGUGAAAAAUGUAGACAGGAAGCUGCAGAUAUGGUUGCAAGAAAUAAUAUUAUUAAUGAUAAAGAACCUGGAAAAAUGUCUCAAUUAGUAACAGACUUAACAGCUCUUAUGCUUCAAGUAAAAAGUUUAUCUGAUUCGGAUCGUAACGCAUAUGAGUUGAAAGUAUUGCAAGGCACGAUGGAACAGAUACGCGCAAAAUUAAGUCCACAAAAUCAACAGGUUUUUCAAAAUUGUGUUGAAAUACAUAUGCAACAUAUACAAUUAGGUCUGGGACAAAGAGGUGCACUGACGCCAUUUAUGGCUCAAAGAGCUUAGCAAAUAUGAAAGUAAUUUUUAUUGAUACUAUAGAAAAAAGUGUAAAAUAUUAAUAUAAAUAUGAACUAUCAUACUACAAUAUUUUAUAAGAAAAAUCCAACUUUAUUUUAUUAUCUUUUUGUAUAGGACAUAUCAUCAUUAAGGAGUACCUAUCAUACUAGAAUACAUAUGUGUGUUCUGUAUAUACAAUAAUUCUAUAAUUGUUUUUUAAGUAACAUAUAAAUGAGUUUUAGAAUAA